GAGAGUAAAGAUGGGAGAGAAACCAUAUACAUGCGUGGAAUGUGGAAAAAGCUUCAGCAAAAGCAGUUCCCUUGUUUCCCAUAAAAAGAUCCACACAGGGGAGAAGCCAUAUAAAUGCUUGGAGUGUAGAAAGACUUUCCGUGAUAACGGAUCCCUUACUAAUCAUAAAAGGAUCCACACAGGAGAGAAACCAUAUAAAUGCUUGGAAUGUGGAAAGAGCUUCCGCGAAAAUGGGACCCUUACUACUCAUAGAAGAAUCCACUCAGGAGAGAAACCGUAUCAUUGUGAGGAAUGUGGGAAAAUAUUCUGAAAAAGGAGUUUCCUUGCUUCCCAUAAAAGGAUCCACACGGGGGAGAAACCAUAUAAAUGUAUGGAGUGUGGAAAGAGUUUCAGCAAUAGCAGUUCCCUUGCUUUACAUAAAAGGAUCCACACGGGGGAGAAGCCAUAUAAAUGUGUGGUAUGUGGGAAGAACUUCCGUGAAAAGGUCUCUCUUCAUAUUCAUAAAAGGAUCCACACAGGGGAGAAACCAUAUAAAUGCUUGGAGUGUGGAAAGACUUUCCGUGAUAACGGAUCCCUUACUAAUCAUAAAAGGAUCCACACAGGAGAGAAACCAUAUAAAUGCUUGGAGUGUGGAAAGACUUUCCGUGAUAACGGAUCCCUUACUAAUCAUAAAAGGAUCCACACAGGAGAGAAACCAUAUAAAUGCUUGGAAUGUGGAAAAAGCUUCCGUGAAAAUGGGACCCUUACUUCCCACAAAAGGAUUCACACGGAGAAACCAUAUGCAUGUCCUGAGUGUGGAAAGAGCUUCACGUGGAUCGGCCAGCUCACUUCUCAUAAAAGUGUUCAUACAGGGGAGAGACCCUAUCAAUGCACAGAGUGCGGGAAGAGCUUCAGCAGUAGCAGUUACUUUACUUCCCAUAAAAAGAUUCAUUCUGGUGAGAAUCCCUAAAAAUAUGAGAUGGUUCCAUCCAGCAGUAUCCUACUUCCUGAAGUAGAAAAGGUACUUUUUCUGAAUCCUAAAUCCAAUUAAAAUCUGACCUUUGCUAAAGCU